GCUGGGCUGUUUGUGGAUGUGCUGUGGCUCGCAGCUGAGCUCCUUUAGCCAGAGCCUGCGGAGGAGACAUGCCUGUGAUCGUUCCUCCUUGCUGCAGCCAUUUACAGCUACACUUCUCCGUCCCGAAUCCUUUCCUGGAUGUUCAAAAAAUGACCUUUCCUUGAGUCUGUCCUCUCUCACCACCCAGAAUCCUCUGUGGUGCGCCCAUAAGUACCUCCUUCCUAAAUCAAAAUGAUCCUCUUUUUACUGCAUAGCUUCGCUGCUUGACCCAGCCCCCUAGACACCGCAGCUUGAAAGCGCAGUUCAGGAAAAUCAAUAAUUUGCUUGCAGAUCACUUUCAUCUUUUGAUAGGCGAGAGAAGCUGUAUGGAUCCUCCCUCCGCCAACACACACACCAGUCCAGGGACGCAUUCUAUACAGCAAUUUCUUUAGCUAUUUGAUUUGUAUGCAUUUUAUACAGCGUUCUCCGAGGCAGUCAAAUCCUAACACUUUCUUGAAAGAUUAUGUUGUUACUAAAUAAAAACUACCGAAGGUGGUUGCAAAAUCCUCACUGUACUAUAAUAUCCUACACGGUAGAAUAGUAUUUGUAUCAGCGAAGGCGUGAAUAGGUUAGAUACAUAGAUUUCCCUUUUAUUUUCUAUCUAAAUGAACUUCACAUAAUUAUUAUAUCUUGCUUUUCUGUCUGACCCGCUAUCUAUAGAGAAAUAUUUGUAUUUGAACGGGAAUGAGUAAGAGAUUUAAUAAUAGAGACUGUAAGAGAAAUAAGGGAAAUUUAGUUUUAUACAUUCUCAGGUAUAUUUCAAGGUGAACUUCUCCUCCCAUAAAACAGAUGGGUACCAUCUGUGACACUGAAAACAAACACAUGCAAAAAAUAUCUGACUCUCUGUAAGAAUCAAAGCUUGAUUGAAAGAAGAGUUGAGACAAACUGUUAUGGUCGGGAUAAAGCAUGAACUACAAAUUCGAGCCUGCUGGGAGGAGGAGUGUUUUCAUCCAGCAGGAAGUACUAUGCCACAGAAAGGGAAGGUAAUACGGGCUUGUUCCAGCCCUUCUGCUUAAUCUCUUAUGUUGGGAUGAGGAGAGGAGGGGUUUUCUAUCAAUGUUGUUGACAUAAAAAUACAACCAGUGCAAGUUAACUGAGUUUACAAAAAAUGUGCAGACUUCUUAUGCUCGGUUAAAAAAAUCUCCAUUCUUCCUCAUGUAAAUCAAGGCUUAGACAAAUAAGCUGCCUGGCUCACGGUCUCCAGCAUUCUAGAUCCAUGCAGAAUUGAUUUCACCUAAUCAGCACCAUCCUUUAAAACAGACCAAAAUAAACCCAGUCCAACUUGGCAAAAAUGAGAUGUCAUCACAUCUGUAAGCUACCAGGAAGAGUUAUGGGAAUCCGACUACUUCGCUUCUCUUCUGUGGUGAUCUUUGUCUUACUCCUUGUGGCAGGUGCUUUAAUGGCUUUGCUUCCUAACAUUAAAGAUGACAAAAUGCCCAAUUUGCGAAGGGAACCAAAAUCCCAGAGCCAAUCCGCCUUGGAUUCAUUUACUCUUGUUAUGCAGACAUACAAUAGAACUGACUUAUUGUUGAAGCUCUUAAAUCAUUAUCAAGCCAUCCCCCAUCUACACAAAGUGGUGGUUGUGUGGAACAAUGUUGGGGAGAAGACACCAGAGGAAAUGUGGAAUUCCCUGGGACCCCAUCCUGUACCUGUUGUCUUCAAAGUGCAGACCGUGAAUCGCAUGAGGAACAGACUCCAGAUCUUCCCUGAAUUGGAAACAAAAGCUGUUUUAAUGAUGGAUGAUGACACACUGAUUAGUGCCUAUGACCUUGCUUUUGCCUUCUCUGUUUGGCAGCAAUUUCCAGAUCAGAUAGUGGGAUUUGUUCCUAGAAAGCAUGUUUCCACUUCUUCAGGUAUAUACAGUUAUGGCAGCUUUGAAUUGCAGACACCUGGAUUUGGAAAUGGGGAUCAGUACUCCAUGGUUCUCAUAGGAGCAGCAUUCUUUCACAGUGGAUACCUAGAACUCUUUCAAAAGCAGCCUGAUGCUGUUCACACUUUGAUAGAUGAAACUCAAAACUGUGAUGAUAUUGUUAUGAAUUUUCUAGUGGCCAAGCAUACUGGAAAGCCUUCAGGAGUGUUCGUGAAACCUGUUGACAUAAGGAAUUUAGAAAAAGAGACUAACAGUGGUUAUUCCGGAAUGUGGCACCGAGCAGAGCACUUGCUACAAAGAUCUUACUGUCUAAAUAAAUUGGUUAAUAUUUAUAACAGUAUGCCAUUAAAAUAUUCUAACAUUAUGAUUUCUCAGUUUGGGUUCCCUAAUUAUGCCAAUCACAAGAAUAAAAUGUAAGAAUGUAUAAUAAAGGGGUAUAAGUUACACAUCAAACAGUAAAUUCAAGUCAGUGUAAGUUAAAUGCUGAGGGACCAGAAGAAGGCAUGCAUUACUCCAGCUUGUCCUCCUUUACACAUAGCCUCUGAAUUUUGCCCACAGUAUUUUCUUUCCCCAGUGUAAGUUAUUGGAAAGUAUAAAGAACAGUGUGUGUGUAAUGUUCACUUAUCAUAAAACCACCUUCAUCUCUUAAUACUUGAGAAGCUGUUAUUGUCAAAAUUACAGGGCCAGACCUUCAAAAGCAUGUGCAGAAAAAUGUACAAUCACUUGUUGCACGCAUAUGAAGAACUUAAUUUCUAUUUCUUUAGAAUAUAUUUACCCAAUCAAAUGAUAUUUUGGCAUAUUUGUGUUGUUUAUAUAUAUACAGGUCUGUCUCAUCUUACGCGGGGGUUCCGUUCCGUGGUUAGUGCAUAAAGCGAAAACCGCAUAUAACCAAAACCCCAUUGAGUUCAAUGGCGGGUGAAAUCGCCCGCACUACAGGUA